GUGAAUGCUUUUCAUUCAUGUAAAUCUAUUUCUGAAUAUCGUAGCAUGCGGGUAUGUUGACGCACGAAGCGCGGACCGCGGCCGGUCGCGCGGAGGGCACUUCGUGGACCUUCGCGUAGCGCCGGAGGCUCGGCUGACGCACGCGAAGCUGGCAGAGUGGCAUCAGCGAGCAUGUGACACCGCCGACUGCGAGGGGCGCGCGGCGGCGGCCGCGUCACCGCCGGGAGGGGCAUCGCCGACACUCGAUCAUUGUUUACAUGACGACUAGUACACCAUCACAUUCCAUUCGGCGCGGUCGAUCGUCUCUCGUCAUUUACGUUACGACCUGCAUUUAAAGUGAAAUCUAUGCCAAAAUUGCAUUUCUUUCAGUGAAUGUGAUACAUUGUUUGAGUGAUUACAGUUGUUAAUUGUACAGAAGUGAGCUCAUAUAACAAGCGACUAUGAAAUAAAAUGAAAAUUAGGUCUUGCCAGAUAACGCCGAAGCAAGUGCGUUUGCUUCUAUUCAAGGAGUGCGACUGGCGAGGCAGGAAGCUCCUGUUUGAUUCAUCGACUAUAGAGAAAGUUUCGGCUGGCAAAGAUGCCGACACGAAGCAGACCAAUACGUUUCCGUGCGUUGUGGAGGUUGCAGAAGGAUUCGCUUAUGUGUAUAAAGGUCCAGCGGCAGAUGCGAGCGUACUCGGUGAGAUGAUAUUCGGCGCCGUUGCAAUGAACUGCAAGGGCGUCUCAUUGAAGAUUCACAUUAUGGAUGAACCUAAAAGGUUAAUGUGCACCAAAGUGUUCUGCGUGCCGACAUCGCGGCGCGUAAGCAGAGUUGAGCGCAAAACUGAGCCGAGCUCUGUUGAGCUCACGGAGCGUUCGAAACCCCUCAACGUGCCGCUGCAAAAAGAAGAGGUUUCGCUGAGCUUUUCCAUCGACAGGGGAGACUCGGGUUUUUACGGGGACCAAACGCCGCACAGCAGCUUCGGGUCCACCUACGAUUAUUUCUCUAUGUUUGACGUUUGGGACGGAAGCAAUACUCAGGACGACAUGUUCUCUUUUCACACUCCAUCGGGCCGCAAGCUAAGCACAUCAAGUAAUGGCAGCUGGCAGCGGCGCACGUUCCGAAAUCUGGCAACGCGCUUCGAACUUGGCAACAGCUCGAACCUACUGGCCGUGCCUAGUGGCUCCACUACCACCGAUUCUCAGGUGUACAGCAGUAGCUCGACCAGCGGGACAAGCGACAGCCUGGCUAGCAGUUGCACGGCGUUGAAGAAAAACAAACUAGGGUUGGCACUGGUUAUCAGUGUGCCAGAAGCCGCGGAGAAAGACUUCAUCCGGCGCUGCGUAGAGAUGUCCCCCCAACUGCAGAGCAUGGUGUGUCGGCUGCGUCUCGCCACUAUGACGGCCGGCGCUGGCGGCAAGUUCGUCGCUACACUACAUAAGGCCGCACAUGACGCGGCUGGAUGGCUAUCUGCACUGCUGUCCGGGCCGCGAUUGCAGCCAGCGUGGCUCCGCCUAGUGGCCAGCGAGCCUCCGCGCUCGCACAAGCUCGCCGACUCACUGCUGGCGGACUUGUGCGCCGUGCUGACUCGAGCCGACACUAAGGAUACCAACUUUUUCAUGAGCACGCUGCUGACGCACGUGCUGACGUACCACCUGGGCUGGGUGAGCACGGUGAGCCCGUACGACGAGAGCGCGCCCGUGCCCGCGCCGGGCGCAGGCUCGCGCCGUCCGCACAACGCGCUGUGGGCGCAGCUCGCCGACCUGCACGGCGCCGUCGGCUUCCCGCCCGUCCCGCGCGCACCAUCGUCAGCGGCGCCGAGGCCGUCCUCGUCAACAAGCUCCUCGCCGUGCUCACCUACUUCGUGCGCUGCGGCGACGUCGUCCGCAACGACUUCCACUUCGACGACAGUGUUCUCAGGGAAAGCGAAACGGUGACG